UAAAAGUUUUGCAACUAGUUUUUAGUCUCAUAAAAAGAGCUGAUAACGAGAAGCAGCCAAAGCAAAUGAACUUUUCUAUUUGCAAUCUAUCAACAGUUCAAUGAAGGUCACUUAAGGCCUGGUCCAUGACUUUUGUUUUUUUUUUAUUGAGCUCCUGACCUACUGAUAAUAGCCUAAAAUCGCAGAAAUAUUGGACACACGAGCUUCUGAAUGAUUUCCGUAUUUCAGUCUAUUUACGUCCGUUCUGGUGCUGAGUGCGGUUAUGUGGUCCAAUUCCUGUUAAAAAUCCUCCUUACCAUUGAUUCGCUGCUGGAUAACUAUCCAGCCAGGACCUUCUAUCGCACUAUCGCAAGCCAACAAAUUGCGUGUCAGAGGAGCUUAAAAGGUCGAAUCCCAAUUUGAAUGCACCUCUCGAAGGGGCGCGGGGCAGCCAAGGCGUUGCAAGGGUCUUGUGUGGCAACCAGAAUAGCAGAGGAGGAAUGUGGAAAGCACACCUAUAAAGCGGUGAGACCUUUGUUAAAGUAUAUUCAUCAGAUGAAGGAGGAAAUUGAAAACAAUAACAAUAUGAUUGAAAGCAAAGACAGAGAAAUCAAGCAACUGCAGGGAGAACUUAACCAGAAUAAUAAACAGGUCAUUGAGGAACUUAGAGCUCAGAAUCAAUUCUACAAGCAGAGUAUCAAAGAGCUAACGAACAACGUCUUAUCAAAGAAAGAGGAAGUGACUAAACCCGAUUCCAAUUCCAAUUCCUUGAAAAUCCAGGACUACGAAGAGCAGCUGGAGAAACAAAAGGAGUCAAUUGAUCAACAGGCCCAACAAAUAUCCGAACUCAAAAACGAAAUCAAUAAUUGUGAAAAAAAAAAUAAAAGCAUCGAAGUGAAGCCCGUUCACGGUGAAUGCACAGAAUUUGCUGAUACUCCGGGUAUUCAUAAGAUUACUCCAGAUCAAGAAGAUCCUUUCGAUGUACUUUGUGAUAGUGCGACAGCAGGUCCUGGCUGGACGGUUAUCCAGCAGCGAAUCAAUGGUAAGGAGGAUUUCUAUAGGAAUUGGGCCACAUACCGUGAAGGCUUUGGUUCCUUUGAUGGUGAUUUUUUCUUAGGACUUGAGAAAAUUCAUCGAUUGACGCGCGCCCAGCCUCAUGAGCUCUUCAUACAUAUGGAAGGAUUUGAUGGACAGAUCAAAAACAGAAAAUACGAUCAAUUUGCCAUUUCUGGCGAGGAGGACCAAUACAGAUUGAUCACCUUGCAUAGCUCUGAGAGGAGUACAGAAUAUGAUAACUUGGAAAACCACAAAGAUAAGAAAUUCAGCACAUUCGAUCGUGACAAUUUCGAUGGGCAUGCCCACUGCUUAUACCAAAACAAACGUGGUGGUGGCUGGUGGUACGGUGGUUGUUCAUUCAGCGAUUUAAAUGGCAAAUACUAUGAUCAUAAGGUGCAUAAAUCUGAUUCCAUGCAUUGGGCAUUCGGCGGCUCCUUGAAGACAGUAAAAAUGCUUAUACGCCCCAAAAGCAAUGGGAAAGAAAAUAAAAACUAAAUAAGUAAAGCAUUGAUUGUAAAAAAGCUAAAAUUGUUUUACAAUUUAUUUAUAAAUAAAUUCAGAUGCUCUAAUCCCAACAAAAAA